AUGUGUUCCAUUAAUGUUUCCUUUGACGAGCACUCAUUGCGCGAAAAUGCACGAAUAAAACUUUCUCAAUCAAGCACACAUCUACUCGCUAGUAGAGCUAAUGAUCGCACUGUCCUGCCAUCGGCAGAUACUCAGUCAAUUUAUGGUCCAAUUCUAAGAACGGACCAGUGGUGCUGUUCCCACUCAUACUCGCCUUCGCGCAAAUAUCUGGUCUCCUUUUUCGAGGCUACCAACAGAGUACAACUUGAGGAGACCAAACCCACCCGCUGGAUGCGAGUAUCACGCUGCGAUGCUACGGGAACGCCCAUAACGAUCGAAGUAGACCACGGCCCCUUUUACUUUCAAAAGGGCGUAGAAUUUUUUAAAGACAAUCAGGGGACGGAUCAUUUGGAUGAGUACUGUCUGGAAAAGGGUCAGCCUGAUCAGGGCUGCGAAGAUCCAAUUGUUGGUCGACAUCGCUACCGGCCAGAUUUUGGUGAACGAUUCGUGGGCCGCAGACGUCCAUGUCUAUUUGUCGCAGAUAUUUCUACAGGACUCGUUACUGAUAUCAUGCUUCCAGAUAAAUGUGGUUAUGUGGUUGAGGUUGUUCGCUUCCCUUACUUUAGGCUAUUUGGGUGGAACACGUUGGUAGACAGCUGA